CUUAUAUCUCCUCAAUCAACCAUGUCUUCUGUAACGUUUCUCAUGUCUCACUCGACAAUCCCCCCCCGUAUAUCGCACUUUCGUAUAACUGGGGAGAUACAACUCCGAGAAGUUCAAUUUACGUUAACGGGGCGAUUUUAAUGGUUACAGAGAACCUUGAAAACGCACUUCGGCAUGUAAGGCUACCAGACAAAACGAUUACUCUGUGGGUAGAUGCUCUGUGUAUCAAUCAAAGUGAUGAGUUAGAGAAGAGUGAGCAAGUGGGACAAAUGCACGAGAUAUAUUCGCGAGCUGCUUCAGUUCUGGCUUGGUUAGGUCCAGCCGCAGGGUAUAGUGACAUCGCCAUGGCAUGGAUCGCAGAGUUUGGGGCACGUUCUGUUGAACUAGGCAUUGGGACGAAGCCUAAUCUGCGACUCCGCUAUCUCUGCCAAGCAGACGAGAAAGACUUCUCGAGCAGUGAGGGGGCCGUCAAGCAAUUUAUCAAGGAUCUGAAGGCCCAACUGUCGCCAACACAUCCGCAAUAUAGUAAGGUCAUUUCUGCGCUAUCUGACUUCUUCAAACGCGACUACUGGGGCCGCAUAUGGGUGGUUCAAGAGCUGAGCACUACAGCAAAGACAUUGUUCGUAUGUGGCGAGAAAAUUGUCACAGAGAAUGAACUUCACUACGGCUUGAGGGUGUUGAGAAACUUUAGACAUUAUCGGCUCCUAACAUCAAGUCACGAUGCACAACUUAGGCCAUAUGACGAGUCUAUUAUUUCAAUUGAUACACGGAACGCAAUUGAACUGCUUAAAGUUAGAAGAGCAGCUAGACCAGUGCCGCUCAUUCGUCUUCUGCGAAGUCUUCGACAAGAUAAAGCAACCGAUCCUCGGGACAAAGUCUUUGCAUUAGUGGGCAUCGCUGAAGACAGACAAGUGCUCAAUCUUCGUCCCAACUAUAGCAAGUCGUGUGCUGAAGUUUAUAUCAAUACUGCGCACACCCUUUUUCAGGCCGGAUACAUCGAAAUUCUCUCUCUUUGCGAGUCCCUACAGAGGAUACCUGAGCUUCCAUCGUGGGUUCCUGACUGGUCACGCGAGACUUACCGUUGUCCUCUACAACGACGUACGCUUAAUAGAGACACAAAUUACCCUACAACUCUCCUGCAACCUCGUUUCUCAGCAUCAGGUACCCAUAAUUUCAUAAUAGGCCAAGCUUCAGGCUGCAACGAAGGUGAUAAUAAGACGUUGUCUCUUUCUGGGACUUUCGUAGGUGAAGUGCAAUCAGUCGGCGCGAUUUGGGAACAUGAAGGUGUAACCAGGUGGUUGUGUGAUUUGAACAACCUAUCGCAACUAUCAUCUAGAGCAGUUGAAGGUUCUAAGCAAGCGCAAGUUACCUGGCGUACCGCCGUUGCAGACCAAGAGAUAUGGCACGGGACAGAGAAACCUCGACUUUCGGAAAGCACGAUUCGUAAAGUGCAUGAGUUCUUGACAAAUAGAGAUCUGGGCCACUUAGACUCACAAACUUUCACGGAAGCAGGUUUGGGUGACUAUAACCAGCAGCUUCAAGAGAUUGCUCGUGGCCGGCGACCGAUGCUUGCAUCUGGUGGCUAUAUUGGCAUUGUACCUUCCGAGACAAAACCUGGAGACUCUGUCUUUGUCAUUUCCAACGCCGAUGUCCCAUACAUCUUUCGGCAACAACCCCAGGGUAAUAUGCUGCAGCUUAUUGGGGACGCAUAUGUGCACGGGAUUAUGGAUGGUGAAGCAUUAGAGGGUUCCGCACUUAUCCAGACAAUUAAAAUAGGAUAGAAGCACUAGAUUGUUACAGCACCUCUGCUCAAAGCACUUUGCUUGACUGCGGUUGUAGCAGCAGGUUUUAGGGGUUAAUAAGUCUAUAGGUAGCUAGCA